UUGCCGUUGUUCAGACAAAAUCAGCUGUUUUUCCCAAAGUGUUGUUCAAAGUAAAUUUUUUGCAGUAAAUUUAAAAAUAAUUUAGUGUAGUUUUACUAUGUCCAACGCCUAUUACGCAGCGUAACGCUCAACGGAAGCCGCAAUGCAUUUGCGACCGCGUUGCCGCGAAUGGCUGCCGCUGGCAACGCAACAAUUGCGACUCCGCAACCUGGCGCGCAUCCAAGGAGUAAACAUUGAGUGCAGCCUCGAUGCCGGCGAGGACAUUGCCACGGAGGACUAUGAACUGCUUGUCUACUACACACUGCAUGCUGAUAAGACUACUGAAGCGUUCUACACCAGCGAGGCAUUGCCGCAGCGUCACCAACAGCAAAAGUGGGCGGAAAUCUGUGCGGGUGACGCCGUCUGGCGCAAAUCCAAUGCGCAAUGUGUCUGUGUCAAAGUCUGGGCACAGUAUCAGCCGACCGCCCAGUGGCCAAAUGGCCUAAACGAGACUGAGCAGACAACGGAGUCGACGCCAGGUGCGCAGCUGACGCAGCGCUUGGCCAAUGUGCAGUUAACGCCUCACACGCUGCCACGACCACCGGAGUUAUUAUUUAGCUGGGGUGUUUACUUCUCCGGAUUAAUACCGCUGGCCCCGUUGGCGUUUGCCAAUUGCAAAGCCAACUGUUUGAUUUUUUAUCUUAACGGCGAGCACUUUACCUCUCCAGCGCUGAUUAGCGAGCAAGGUCUGCACGCUCAGCUGCAUAUGCAAUACCAACGCUAUGCCGACUAUGACAAUAAUGAACGGAGUUCGAGCACUGAUGGCAUUAAUUCGCCGCCUGUGAGUCGCAGCAGCAGCCCUGUGCUGCGUAUGAGCACGAUGCGCUACGUCCAGCUGGGCUGCCAUCAGGCGAACAUGCGACGCAGUUAUAAUUUGGAGAAUCUGUUGAUGCUGCAGCGGCGACAGCGAGAUCAGCUCAAGAAGCUGGGUGACUUGGCGGAACUGAACACUGAAAUCGCACGGCUCAGCGUACGAUGUAUAACUCGUAACGAGCUAAGGCUGAAGCCACGUACCACUUCAAUCUCCGGCUCGUCGUAUGGCAGUCUCCAUUCGCAAUAUAAUAAUCAUUCCAUGGGGCGGGCGCUUAGCGUGCUGCUGGCCGAGCAACAUGAGAUAUCGCCCAUAACGCUCUACAGUGCUCAGCAACUGAUGCAGCAGAUCGAGACAUUGCGCUGCAAACACCGUUUGCUACAGACUGAACGCUCUUCCUGCAAAGAGCGCAAUGCAGGACAGCAAGAGAGCUUACAGCUACUGCGGGAGCAGCGAGAGGAACUACAGAGAAAGCUGCAUAAUCAGCGACUACGAUUGGAGCAAGAGCGUCUGGAGUUCCGCACACAGCUGCCACAGCAGCAUACCCAGCGUGAGCAGAAGCGUCAAGUCACACUGCAGGUGGAGCGCCGCAUGUCCACAUUGGUGCUAGAACUACAAGAGAUCUAUAAUAUCAAGAGCUUGGGUGUGCAACAGUUUAGCAUUUGUGGUAUUGCCUUCCCCCACAUGGAACAGUAUAUAAGUGAAUCCCGACAGGCAGCCAAUGCGCAACUGUUGGGCAAUACCUCACCGCUGGCGGUGAGCGCGGCGCUUGGCUAUGUGGCACAUCUAGUACAGAUGUUGGCCUUCAUUAUGGAUCGCCCGCUACGCAAUCCCAUAUUUUAUGAGCCGUCGCGUGCUCGCAUUGUCGACGAAAUCAAAGAGCUCACCUAUGCAACUCGAGAAUUUCCUUUGUAUACGCGUUCUAUUCUGCCAUCUCAACAAACCAAGUACGCCAUCUAUUUGCUGCGGCAGAACAUUUCACAGCUGUGCUAUGAUAUUACGGGCCGCUGUGAUAUGCGCAACACAUUUGGUAAUCUGCUGGAGCUAUUCGAUACGCUGCGCCACAUUGAGCGUACCCAACGCGAUGAAAUUGAUAACGGCGAGAAACUAUCCACGAGUGCGGGUAGACAUGUAAAUGGCUUGACCGCUGCUGUGGCUAACUCACAGCUAUCGCAAUCGCAUUCAUCAGUGGACAUGAAUCAUGUUCCACUGCCAACAACGGCAAAUGCAGCCAAAGAAGCAUUACUACAGCAUUUGCUGCCUUCGGGCGUGAGUCAAGCUCUGGCUAUCGAGGGAUAUGCGUCAACGCAGCGCAUCUGCCGCUCUGUGGGUUCCUAUUCAGAUGGCGAGGAAGAUUUUCAUCCCAGAUUGGAACAGAACUAUUCAAAUUCAGACUCAAACAUAACACUUCAAACGGAGCGCAGAUAGAAUACGCAGUUUAUGCUGCGGAGCAAUAUAACCAUAUAAUAAAUAUAAUACGUAUACAUAAUAAUGCAAAUAUAUAUAUUUAUGUAAACUAACGUAAAGCCCUCAAGAAAAUCAAAGCAACAUAUAUAACCGUUGCGUUGCGUUGCGUUUUAGCAAAAUUUUAUUUUCAUUAGACCGCUUUAAACGUAUUAUGUACUUGGAACACUCGUGUAUGUAUUUUUAAAUUAUAGACACUUUUGAUGAGCGACAAAACAAACUGGUUUAAUGUGUGCAUAUUUAGUUGUUUCUUUGAUUAAGAUCUCGUUGUAAAUUCCCGUUCUAUGUU